AUGGACAAGAUCAAGGAGCGCAUGGUCGCCCUCCGUGCUGAGGCCGACGAGGCUCAUGAGCUGGUUGACCAGCUGAAGGCUCAGGUCAAGACAUUGGAACAGGAGAAUCUGUCCAAGGAACAAGAAAUUACAUCCCUCAACCACCGCAAUUCUCUCCUCGAAGAGGAGGUUGCGAAUGCAGAGGCUGCCCUGAAGGAGGCCAAGGCCGCUGCUAGCCAGAGCCUCCAGCACGACACCCAGAACGAGGCCCUUCAGCGACGGGUGCAGCUCCUCGAAGAGGAAGCUGAAGAGAAUGACAAGACUCUGCGGGAAACAAACGAGAAGCUUCGCCAAACCGACAUCAAGGCUGGCCACUACGAGCGGAAGGUGCAGGCACUCGAAGACCAGCAAGCCAAGCUGGAGACACGGUACGAGGAUGCGAUCACAGAACACAACAGGAUCAAGAAGGAACUCGAUGACCUCGCAAGCCAGAUGGCCGACAUCUAA